AUGAAGAAGCCAGCAGCCGCCGCUUUUAAGAAGCCUUCGGCUGCCACGAGCGACCCGGACGAGGACACCCAGCUUGUCCCGGUCCAGGAGAUGUCUCUCGAUGAGAAGAUUGCCAAGUGGAAGGAGACGAACCCGGAGGAGAGGUCUGCCGCCCCUGACCUCUCCCUGGAUGAGGUCAAUGGACGUGCAAAGACGGCGAUAAAGGGCAGCGAGGAAGGCCAAAAGGCUUGGGAGGAAGCUUCGACUUCUUCUGGCCCCACCUCGGUCAACAAAAAGAAGAGGAGCUUGUUGGUGGCCUUCCUGCUGGACCCAAAGUUCGGCCCUGGCUUCCAGAAGUACACGCAGGAGAUUGUCUCGUCGAACAAGUCCAAGACCGUGCUCAAGCCCGAGACCUGGAAGGAGCUGCUCAACCGGUACGACGAAAGCGAUUUCCACGCCAUGAUGGAUGCCGCUGUGAUUUAUGAGAAAGUGGAUCCGAGGUGCCCCGGAGUGAUGAAGUAUCUGGACACCAGCCAGACCCGGGAAACAAAAACGUUCGACAAGCGAUCCAGUAUGAGCCAAGGAGUCGCCAAAGGGUUGAAAGGUGACAGCAAUGAAGCUGAUGCCAAAGAGAUGGAGCAAUGGCAAGGUUGCUGGUCGACCUUCCAACCCGGCUCCGGGCUCUCGUCGUUUGCUGGGCAGAUCGAAGACGCUCGGGGCGGCUCCAGCUCCAAGCAGAACCCGGGCGACGAGAAGGAGAAGGAGGGCAAGACGAAGCGAUCGGCCUACGAGAAGCUCUGCGACGAGAUCAAUGCUUUGGCAGACGUCGAUGCUGCCAGGAACAAAGCCACUGGCAUCAAGACCCUCUUGGAUGGCUUGAUCGACAAGUGCAAGAGCCUCUUCGUUUCCAAGAAGCUCAAGCUCGAGGCCAUGCAGGAAUUGUUGCUUGGCCUCGCCGAGAUCCUUCGCGACUGCAGCAACAGCUUGACCAGCCAUGGCAGGAAGAAGAACGAUGCCAAGAACAACGUGCUGAGCACGGUGAUCGCUGUGUGCGGCUUCAUGGCAAUCAUGAGGGGCACUGGUGUCCCAAAUGCGUUCUGGAGCACUAUCAGUGGCAGGACGAUGAACGGCUGCGGUGGCGAGCACAAGGUCGAUGCGGCUACGCCGCCGAAGGCAAAAAUUUUGCACGCAGAUGCCGAGCAGAAGAUCGAGGCGGCCCCCACGCAGCAGUUUCUAGGAGGCAUGGGGAAGCGAAAGUUGCUGCCGGACCCCAUUGCCCAUGCCAUCGCAUGGGCAAGAAGCCUUUCCCCGUUCGCUCACACCUUGCUGCGAAAGUGGGCAUGGGGCAAAUUGAGUGCCCCGGAUCUACAGGAGCUCGCUGUUGCUGCCGAGCAAUCAGGCUUGCAAGACGAAACAACGGAGGAGCUUGCUGCUUUGGGGGCCAGGGGACGAGCAAGCCAGAAUGUCCAGAGAGACCUCGUCAGAAAGGUUCAAACGGGUUUGGUUCCCAGCAGCACAGCUGUGACCAUUCCACGCUUGGACCCAAAGAGCAAGGCAGACGACAUCGGGCAAGUUCCCGUCAAGCUCCCUUCGCAGUGGAUGCAGCUUCUGGAAGCCUUUGAUAUUCCAGUCCAUUUUCGGUACCCCGGAGAACAUCAAGAGUUUCUGGAGCCUCGAUUGCAAAAUCAUCCUAUGUUCCGCAAGAACUGGAAGGAAAAAUGCAUCCCUUUGCUUUUCCACAGCGAUGGAGCAGCUUUCCAAAACAACGACUCCCUGGUGACAUGCUCCUUCCGUGGAUUGCUGUCUAGCCAAGCCGGGACCUGGAUUGUCUGGAGCUUGGAGGCCUUGUUUCAUAACAGGUGGCCUUCUGAAGAUCCUGAAGGCAAGAGCCUACAGGCUCACCCUGCCCUUGAAUCUCUUGCGGGCAAGCCGAUUCUCAAGGACGGUUUUUUUGCCAUCCUUUAUGGCUACAUGGGUGACAUGGAGGAAUUUCAGAACAACCUGGCGCACAUCAUUGGCAACGUCUUCUAUGCUUUCCUGCUGAUAGGAAACAGACAGAGGCAGUUUCGAAGAUUGUGGAACUUCAUCCAGAGUCACCAGCGAGAGAGCGAUCACGGCAAGCCCCUCUCCAGUUUCGCCAUGACCAAUUUGACGAACCCGAAGGCCUUGAGCACGACCUACCCUUGUCUGCAGCAUGUGAAGGCUGCACAGGUGAGAUGUUUAGUGCCUGUGGCACGCCUGCUCGUGGAACAGCUCUUCGGGGACUCCGAGCAGGAUCGCCACAUGAAGGCCGUCAUGAAAUUCCUCGACCAGUUUUACGACUUUCUUUACACUGCUGCCAUCAUUCCAAGCGGCUCCGAAGGCAUGAAAGCCUUCACUUCCUUGAACCGUGCUUUGCAGAGCUACCAGUGGUUGGCUGCCCAAGCUGUUGCUGAUGGCAAGUGCUUAUGGUCCAUGGUCCCUAAACAUCAUUAUAGUGCUGAGCUGGCCGGGCAAGCUCGUUUCCUCAACCCUCGAUUUGUUUGGUGUUAUGGGAGUGAAGACUAUGUGGGAACCAUUGCAGAUCUUGGUAGCACCUGCUUGCGAGGGUCGCCUACCUUCCACAUGCCCUUUGGAAUGGCGGAGAAGCUAGAAGUUGCGAUGACCUUGGAUCUGGCUUUGCGAGUUUGA